CCCUACCCUCCUUCCCACUCCAUCAUCCACUCUCUCCUCCUCAAUUGCAUAAAAUAACACAAAAAUGUCGGGCGUCUAUGUGUUCAGGCCCAGUGGGUUCAGCAUUGAUGGUCAAGCGACCAGCCAACGCCGAAAGGUCUUGGUUUACAGCCCGACUAACGAAGUUAUCACUUCAUACGCAUCCUUGGAACACAAGCUCUUAGGAUUGGGAUGGGAGAGGUACUACGACGACCCGAAUCUUCUCCAGUUCCACAAGCGGUCGACCGUACACCUCAUCUCACUCCCUAAAGACUUCAGCCAGUUCAAGUCCAUGUACAUGUUUGACAUCGUUGUGAAAAAUCGCAACAUUUUCGAAGUUAGGGACAUGUAGGUUGUCACCAGUUACCCAUAGCUAGUAUGUGUUUUUAUAUUUCUAUGUUAAGGUUGUCUUGGAGCAGUUUGAAUGGCUAAGUUGUAUGGGUGUAUUGUUUUCAAUCACUCCUUUUUGUUA